UAAACACAUGAGGCACUAUCUUGCCGGAAAUGACUAUUUUCUAAGAAACUAUAGGCAGUACAAACAACGACAGCCUCUACAUAGCGGUAUAAGACGAAGACAAACAAGGCAAGUUAGCAGGAUAUGAGAUAUUUAAUAUGUAACAUGAGUGUGUCACUAAAAAAGUAGCAACAACUGUCACUAGAUUCCCAGGAAGGCAGCAGGUCUGCAGAUAUAUCUUAAGUAACAAAACAAUUUCCGGAAAGUCUGGGCUGUCAGACAGAUGUACAGAUGACUUUGCACUUUAUUUAUACGUCUGUGCUCCUUCAAAGUGUUACAACAACCAUAUAGAGUCUGAAUCCACUGGAGGUGUGCGGAUAUCAGCAACAUGCCGCUGUCAGACUUUCUUGACGGCCUGAAGGACAACCCUUACUUUGGAGCCGGCUUUGGACUAGUUGGGGUCGGAACAGCGUUGGCAGUGGCCAGAAAAGGGGCCCAGGUGGGGAUGAUAUUCCUCCGCAGGAAUUACAUGAUCACCCUGGAGGUCCCCAGCAAGGAUAAGAGCUACCACUGGCUGCUGAGCUGGAUCACCAAGCACGCCAGGCACACCCAGCACCUGAGCGUGGAGACCUCCUACCUGGCACAUGAGAGCGGACGAGUCCACACACAGUUUGACUUUCACCCAAGCCCUGGAAACCACAUCAUCUGGUAUGGGAGGAAGUGGAUCAGGGUGGAAAGGACCAGAGAGAAACAAAUGAUCGAUCUGCACACUGGAACCCCGUGGGAAUCUGUCACCUUCACUGCUUUAGGCAGAGACAGACAAAUCUUCUUUAAUAUCUUACAAGAAGCCAGAGAAUUGGCCCUGAAGCAGGAGGAGGGACGGACAGUGAUGUACACGGCCAUGGGCGGUGAGUGGAGGCCCUUUGGGUUUCCACGGCGGCGCAGACCCCUCAGCUCUGUGGUCCUGGAGCAGGGUGUGGGUGAGAGGAUCGCAGACGACGUGAAGGACUUCAUUGGAAAUCCGAAGUGGUACACAGACAGAGGCAUCCCCUACAGAAGAGGAUAUCUGCUGUACGGUCCUCCAGGAUGUGGAAAAAGCAGCUUUAUCACGGCGCUGGCGGGUGAACUGGGCUACAGCAUCUGUCUGAUGAGUCUGAGCGACCGAACCCUUUCAGAUGACCGUCUGAACCACCUGCUGAGCGUGGCGCCGCAGCAGAGCAUCAUACUGUUGGAGGACGUAGACGCCGCCUUCGUCAGCCGAGACCUGCUUCCAACAGAGAACCCUCUGGCCUACCAGGGAAUGGGAAGACUGACCUUCAGUGGCCUGCUGAACUCUCUGGAUGGAGUGGCUUCAUCUGAGGCCAGAAUAGUGUUUAUGACCACCAACUUCAUAGAAAGGUUGGACGCGGCGUUGAUCCGGCCAGGCCGUGUAGAUCUGAAGCAGUACAUCGGGCACUGCACCCACUGGCAGCUCAUCCAGAUGUUCCAGAGGUUCUACCCAGAUGAGCCUGCGUCUGAGGGAGAGCGGUUUGCAGAGCGUGCGUUGGCCACGCACUCUGAGAUCAGCGCCGCUCAGGUGCAAGGACACUUUCUGCUGCACAAAACGGACCCUGCAGGAUCUAUAGACAAUGUUGCCCAAAUAAAGGAAUAACAGGACUGGAAGAUGUUUAAAGACUGAUUACUGAAUAAAGGGAAACAUGAGUAAAUAAGACUGAUGUGCCUGGAUACCAACUGAUUGAUACUAAAUAAAUGCAUUGUUGUCCAACAUGGGAUGCCCUUCAGCAAGGCACUAAACCUCGGAGCUGAUUCAGUCGAGCUGUUCAACGACAAAACGAAAAGAUACGAGAAUUUUAUUCAUCCUGAAAAAAAUGUUUUGAAAAACAUGUUGAUGGAAAAACAUUUCACAUCUGCAACCUGCAACCAGCAGGCCGUAAAGACGUACACAUGAUCCACAUGUAAACACAAGUGUCACCCAACACAGGACUAAUAAAAUGCUUAUUUUCCACCA